AUGGCUUUCGCGAAGGCAAUUCUUCUGGGGCUCGCUCACUUCCACCUCGGCGCAGCUAUUGCGAGGAGCCCCGCGGCCAUUGAUACGUCUUCGGGCCGGGUUCAAGGUUUUACCGAUGACAUCACACCGAAUGUUGCGCAGUACCUCGGCAUCCCGUUUGCGGAGCAGCCAGUCGGCCCUAGGAGAUGGCUGCCACCUGCUCCAAAGAAAAAGAGUGAAAGCAACCAUUCAGGCGAAGACGCUGGGGCCGUCUUGUCCAACGUCUGGCUGACGGAUGCGCCCGAGUUUAUUAUUACGCCGCGCGACUUUCAGUCCGAGGAGUGUCUGAACCUCAAUGUUUGGGCGCCGCUUGACAAGUGUCGGGGUGAGCAGUCGAAAAAAGAUUUGUUGCCUGUGCUCGUGUGGAUUUACGGUGGAGGCUUUGCUACGGGCGGUCCUACUGUUCCGUAUCAGGUCCCGGCUAGAUGGGUUGAGAGGAGUGGCGAGCAUAUCGUGGUUGGAAUCACCUACCGAGUGAACAUUUUUGGCUUUCCCAAUGCCCGCGCCCUGAAAAGCGGCGAGCAGAAUCUGGGCUUGCUGGACCAGCGCCUGGCUGUCGAAUGGAUUCGAGACAACAUUCGCAACUUUGGCGGUGACCCAAGCCGUAUCACGCUCUGGGGCCAAUCUGCAGGUGCUAUUUCCGUCGACAACUACAAUUUCGCCUACCCCGAGGACCCCAUUGCUUCUGGAUACAUUAUGAAUUCUGGCAAUUCUCUGCUCAGACUGCAGAGCAACGACGUGCAGCACACGAACUUUACCUUUGUCGCCAAGCACUUUGGAUGCAACACCACCACUGGCGAAUCCGAGAUUGAGUGUCUCCGGGGUGUGUCCUCGGUCGACAUUGAAAAGUUCCUCAAGCAGUACUCGGACAGCGGCAAAGCUCCCAGUCUCAGUUUCGUCCAAGUGGUGGAUAACCGCACCUUCUUCUCCAACCCCACGGAGCGUACUCUGGCCGGAAACUUUUCUCGCAAGCCCGCCAUUAUCGGUACGACUGACAAUGAAGGCAGCGCGUUUGUUCCAUUCAGCACAACACAGGCACCGAACCGAACCGCCGCAGACCGUUUUACGGCUGACUUGUUCCUUUGCCCUGCCGUCCAAACGACAUCCAGCCGCUACAAAGCAAACGCCACUACAUUCCGCUACCUGUACUCUGGAAACUUUAGCAACAUUGCCCCGCGGCCCUGGGAAGGCGCGUGCCACUCUUCCGACCUGCCCAUGUACUUUGGCACAUACGGCAUUGCGCGCGGCAACGGCACGCAGCUGGAACGCGAAACCAGCGAGCGCAUGCAAGACUUCUACCUGGCCUUUGCCAAGGAUCCCGUGAACGGGCUGCCAGACAUGGGCUGGGACGCGUAUGAGCCGGAAGGUGAGGCGCUGCUGAUUGCUCAUGGUGGACAGGCUAUACAGAAGAUUAGCCAGAGCAAACUUGAGAGCCCGUGUGAUGGUGUAAAACCGAAUGGGAAGCCGCUGCCUCCGAAUAAUUAA